GAUGUGGGUGGAGUGACGUUGAAACAGGUUAUUUGACUCAUUUCUUCAAUCUUGACUACCGUUCUAGAAUCUAGAAGAGAGUGUAGACAAAUUGAUCAGACUAACAUGAGAGACAGCUUAAACCCAGCCUAAUCCUACUGAGAGCACACUACUGGAUUACCCCAAACAUGGGAGACUGGACCACCAUUGGAAUCUCGAUCCCAUGCCAGGUGUGUGACACUCGUUCCACAACGUACACAUGAUCCCCACAUUUUCUAAAUUACGUGGCAUAUCUUAAUUAGUUCAGCACUCUCCGUGCAACCAUGGAUGAUUUCAGGUGCGUUCCAUUGAAUAAAACGCCCAGCAACUGUAAACAUCGAUCGACUAGCAAUUGACAUGAUACAAUCUACUACUAUGCUGGUGCCUCUGAAGGUCCAGUUCCAGUGAUCCCUAGGGAGCUCUGAUCUUCAAGAAUAUCACUCAGCUUCUCUCUUCAUCUUCUCCAGUUUUUAGAUCAAUAAUGUGGAAGCUUAAGAUUGCUGAAGGAGGAAGUCCAUGGCUUCGUACUCUGAACAACCAUGUUGGAAGGCAAGUUUGGGAGUUUGAUCCUGAGAGUAGAACACCAGAACAUCUUAUGGAAGUUGAGAAGGCUCGUGAUCAUUUCACAAAGCUUAGGUUUGAGAAGAAGCAUAGCUCAGAUCUACUCAUGCGACUCCAGUUCACAAAGGAGAACCCAUUUGAUAUACAACUACCCCAAGUCAAAGUACAAGAUACAGAAGAUGUUACAGAAGAAGCAGUAACAAUCACAUUGAGGAGGGCUAUCAGUUUCUAUUCAACUAUCCAGGCACAUGAUGGGCACUGGCCAGGGGAUUAUGGAGGUCCUAUGUUUCUACUACCUGGCUUGGUUAUUACCCUACAUGUGACUGGCACACUGAAUGCAGUCCUAACAAAAGAACAUCAAAGAGAGAUGUGCCGUUAUAUUUACAAUCAUCAGAACAGAGACGGUGGUUGGGGUUUGCAUAUUGAAGGCCCAAGCACCAUGUUUGGUACAGCUCUGAACUAUGUUACUUUGAGGUUGCUUGGUGAAGGAGCAGACAGUGGACAAGGGGCGAUGGAGAAGGGCCAUAGAUGGAUUCUGGACCAUGGUGGUGCUACAGAAAUUACAUCAUGGGGAAAAAUGUGGCUUUCGGUACUUGGGGCAUUUGAAUGGUCUGGCAACAAUCCACUGCCCCCAGAGAUAUGGCUAUGCUCUUAUCUUCUUCCUUUUCAUCCAGGAAGGAUGUGGUGCCACUGCAGGAUGGUUUAUUUGCCAAUGUCAUAUUUGUACGGGAAGAGGUUUGUUGGUCCAAUCACACCAACAAUCUUGUCCUUGAGAAAGGAGCUCUAUACAGUCCCAUAUCAUGAAGUGGAUUGGAAUCAAGCAAGGAACCAAUGUGCAAAGGAAGAUCUAUAUUACCCACAUCCCCUAGUACAGGAUCUUCUUUGGGCAUCUCUUCACAAGGUUCUUGAGCCUAUCCUAAUGAGCUGGCCUGGGAAAAAAUUGAGGGAGAAAGCUCUAUUCACUGUAAUGCAACAUAUACACUAUGAAGAUGAGAAUACUCGGUAUAUAUGCAUUGGACCUGUAAACAAGGUUUUAAAUAUGCUCUGCUGUUGGGUAGAAGAUCCUAACACAGAGGCAUUCAAGUUGCAUCUCCCAAGAAUAUAUGAUUAUUUGUGGAUUGCUGAAGAUGGCAUGAAGAUGCAGGGAUACAAUGGAAGUCAGUUGUGGGACACUGCUUUUGCUGUUCAAGCAAUUAUUGCAUCUAAUCUCACUGAAGAGUAUGGUCCAACUCUUAGAAAAGCACACGAGUACAUAAAAAACUCACAGGUUUUAGAAGAUUGCCCUGGUGAUCUUAGCUACUGGUAUCGCCAUAUUUCUAAAGGAGCAUGGCCGUUCUCAACUGCAGAUCAUGGAUGGCCCAUCUCCGACUGCACAGCAGAAGGACUGAAGGCAGUUCUCUUGUUGUCAAAGAUUUCAUCAAACAUUGUGGGUGAACCACUGGAUUCAAGGAGGUUGUAUGAUGCUGUAAAUGUUGUUCUCUCCCUGCAGAACAAAGAUGGUGGAUUUGCAACUUAUGAACUUACUAGAUCCUACUCAUGGUUGGAGUUAGUCAACCCUGCUGAAACUUUUGGCGACAUUGUUAUUGAUUAUCCUUAUGUCGAGUGUACCUCUGCAGCAAUUCAAGCAUUGGCAUCAUUUAAGAAAUUGUAUCCAGGGCAUCGGAGAGAAGAGAUAGAAAAUUGUAUUAGAAAAGCUGCCAAGUUCAUUGAAAAGAUACAAGCAGCAGAUGGUUCAUGGUAUGGCUCUUGGGGCAUCUGUUUCACCUAUGCUACAUGGUUUGGAAUAAAGGGUUUGAUAACUGCUGGGAAAACCUUCAAGGACAGCUCUAGCAUUCGGAAAGCUUGUGAUUUUCUGUUGUCCAAACAGCUGGAUUCAGGUGGCUGGGGAGAGAGCUACCUUUCAUGUCAGAACAAGGUCUAUACAGAUUUAGAGGGCAACAAGGCACAUAUUGUAAAUACUGGAUGGGCCAUGUUGGCUCUCAUUGAUUCUGGGCAGGCUGAGAGGGACCAAACGCCAUUGCAACGGGCAGCAAGAUUGUUGAUAAAUUCCCAAAUGGAGAAUGGUGAUUUUCCACAGGAGCAGGAAAUUACGGGAGUGUUCAAUAAGAACUGUAUGAUCACUUAUGCUGCAUACCGGAACAUCUUUCCAAUAUGGGCCCUUGGAGAAUACCGCUGUCGAGUGUUGCAGGAUGUCUAAAGUAUUCCUGAAUAUUAUUUUCAACAGGUCAUAACUGAUUAUGAGUAACAGUUUAACUGCUAUGAAGUGACUCUUGCUGAGAUUUUCUUGGUAAGAACAGUAAUUGUUUGUCUUCAUUUAAUCAUUAAAAAACACACAAAAAAAAAAACUGGUAUAUACAUAACAAAGCUUAUUUGCUUCCACUACAUAAAGGCGAUAUCCUCUGUCAGAAUAUGAGUUCUUAUUGUAUUAAUACUAUAUAAAAGGCAAUGUACUUUGUCAGAUUAUGGGUUAUUAGAUAUUUUCUUUUGGCUUC